CUAGGCGCUCAGAAACAUAUAUAGAUAGUAGCAGAUGUGAUAAAAUGGCGACCAUCCAGCUCACAGACCAGCAGCGCAAGGUUCUGCACGAGGUCGCCUGCACAACCGCAGCGCCGGUGCUGGACACAGCAUCUAAGGACAAAAUCAAGCAGCUGCUGGACGACUAUGAUAUGCGGAAGGCGGCCAUGGGCAGCAAGCCUGGCGCCAACAUGGUCUUGCCGGGGCAGGUGUUGGGCGAGGCAGGGCCCUUCCUAGACUACGGGCACCCGCCGGGGGUGGCGUUGGGCGACAAGUUCAAGGACCGGGGACAAGUCAUGGUGGCAGGCGUGCACGGCACAACCGUGAGGGGCAUUCACGCGCCGAAUGCCGGCUCCGAGCAUUUCGUCCGUGGCGCCUACUCGGUGCUCAUGAGCGGCGUGUAUGUGGAUGACGAGGACAUGGGGGAGGCCUUCUGGUACACGGGCGAGGGCGGUAUGGACGGAAAGAAGCAGGUCAAGGACCAGCAAAUGGCCUCGGGCUCCAACGCCGCCCUGAAGAACAACUGCGACACCCGCACGCCUGUGCGCGUGGUGCGCGGCUUCGUGCAAGAGGCCGGCGGCGGCGAGGGCGGCGGCGGCGGCGAGGGCGGCGGCGGCGCCAAGAAGGGGAAGGGCGGCAAGGGCGGCGGCAAGAAGGAGAAGGGGCUGGUGUACGAAGGGUUGUACCUGGUGCUGGAGUGCAAAAUGGAGCCCUCCAAGGACGGGCCGCAGGUGUGCAAGUUCCUGAUGCACGGCCUGCCCGGACACAGCACCGUCAGCGCCAAGGUGGAGUACAACAUCUUCGGCAACGCCGGCAGCGCCUACAGCCUGCACGCGCGGCGGCUGGCGGGCGCCGGCGCACCCGCGGGCGGCAAGCGGGCGCGCAAGGCCGCGCAGGAUGAGAAGGCGCGAGAGCUGGCGCGGCAGUGGAUGCUGUCAGAGAUCCGGCGGCAGUACCCGGGUCCGGAGCUGCAGCUGGAGGACGUGAGCGGCGGCCAGGAGGCGGUGCCCAUACCCGUCAUCAACCAGGUCAACUCGGAGCGGCUGCCCACCGACUUCGCCUACACGCGCGAGUACGCCUGGGCGCCCGGCGUGUACCAGCUGGUGGCUCCGGCGCUGCGCCUGGCGGACGAGGAGAUGCUGCAGUUCAGCCGCGAGGGCGACCGCGGCGGCGUGUGCGGCAUAGCCUUCAACCGACACAUCGCAGCACUGGACCGCAGGCUGGAGCAGGAGGGCAGGCUGCCGCAGGGCUAUGAGGCGCACCUGGAGGAGCAGUACAACGCCGCCGGCUGCCUGAUGGUCACCGACCCCUGCGGCGUGCACGAGUGCGGCGACGGCUGCAGCGCCAAGGCAUGCCGCCGCAACAUGCAGCUGAGCGCCGGCGUGCAGUUGCCGCUGGAGGUGUUCAUGACGGAGAGCAAGGGCUGGGGCGUGCGGUGUCGCGAGGAAGUGCCCGCGGGCGCCUUCGUGUGCUGCUACGUGGGGCAGCUCAUCACCGAUGCCAUGGCGGAGGUGCGCAAGGGUGUGGACCACUACCUCUUCGACCUCGACUUCUUCGCACACAUCUACGCGGAGAUUGCGGAGAAGGGGAUGCAGGCCGUGGCGGAGGAGAUCCCGCUGCACAAGAUCCCGCCGGUGCUGUCGGUUGGCAUGAUCCGGCAGGCGCAGAUCAACGCAGCCGACGCCGCGCGGCGACUGCCCGAGCAGCAGCCGCAGCAGCAGCAGCCGCAGCAGCAGCAACAACAACCGGCGGCAGGCGGCGCGGCGCCCGGGGGCGCGGCCGCGGGGGAGCAGGCGGCAGGCGGCGCGGAGGGCGGCGGCGCGUACGGCGGCGGCGGCGCCGCCGCCGCCGCCACGGCGGCCGGAACGGCACCCGGGGCCGGGGACAACAUGGACGGAGUGGAGGGGCCAGCCGCGCAGCGGAGCGGCGGCGAGGAGGCGGCGGCUGGGCCGGGCAGCAGCGGCGCCGCCGGCGGGUGCGGCUACCGGCUCGACGGCAUGGUGACGCGGGAAGGGCUGGCGCAGGCGGCGCACGCGCUGGCUGAGGCCUGCGACGCGCUGGCUCGCUCCGUCGCCGACGGCGCCUCCACCAACCUAGGCGGCGAGAACAUCCUGGCCGCGAUUGAGGCGGCCAAGGCGCGCGCCGCCGCCGCCGCCACCACGUCUGGUGGCGCCGCCGCCGCAGACCAACACCAACUGGAGCAGCUAGACCGGGCGGCGGCGCUGGCGGCGGCGUCGAAGGCGGCGGCCGACGCCGUGAAGGCCGGCGACCCGGGCGCCUUCUACCUGCAGCCCAUCAUCAGCCGAGAUGAGGAGAAGGCGGCGGAGCGGGCCGCAGCCGCCGCCGCGGCGGCGGCCGCGGCGGCGGGGGUGCCGCCGGCGCUGCCGUCAACAAGCGACGUCGGGAACGGCGGGACGACGGGGUCAGGAGGAGGCGGCGGCGCCUUCAGCAACCGGGGGCCGGCGGGAUGCGCGGUGGGCUCGCCGCGCGCGCUGGCGGCGCGGUCGGGCAUGGAGGCGGCGGCGCAGGCGGCGGGGGGUGCGGCAUCCGGGCCAGUGGCGGGCCCGGGCGCGGUAGAGGACCACGGCGAGGAGUAUGCGCCCAUGCUGGUCAUCGAUGCGCGAACCACGGGCAACGUGGGCCGCUUCAUCAACCACUCCUGCGACGGCAACCUGACCAUCCAGGCCGUGUUCGCGGGCGUGUACCGCUCCACGCUGCUCUACCACGUCGGCCUUUACGCGUGCCGCAACAUUCCGCAACUAGAAGAGUUGUCCUACAACUACGGCUACCACAAGCAGCAACAACAGCAGCAGCAGGCGCAGCGGGGCGGCGCGGCGGAGAAGCAGUUUGUGAUGCAGUGCAACUGCGGCGCGGUGGGGUGCAUCGGGAACCUGAUGUGAUCAGGUGUGCCCGAUUGAGGUGCAGACCGGCAGCCGUGCGAGAGAGCGCACGGGCGGGUAGAAGCAAUGGAUGGCGCUCCAAAUGGGUUGGCGAUUGCUCGACUGGAAGAAUCCUCCGCCGCUCGCAGCGGGUAACCGUAAGCAUCGAUGGGGGCUUAGGAACGGGCACUGUGCACAGAUGGGUUGUGUUCGUUAGCCAAUUGCUGCCAGUUUCAGGUCGUCGGUGCAGGGCAAUUUAGUAGAUACUCAGGCAUGCGCUCAAGCUGUUGCGCACGGAGUGGACGGCAUGGCGAGCUGGGCGAUAGGUGGCCUCGUACGCAAAAUGGCGCUGAAACAUUGGGCUGAAACGUGGACAGGAGCGUGGGUCAGAGCGUGGGUGUGGGGUCAGGAAUGUGAUGUUGCAUGCCAAACACGGUCUUACUUGGCAUGCAUCCGUGGCAACAUUCAUGCUUGGUCCGUGUGCUUGUUGGGCUCCUCCGCUCCAGCCGAGGACGUACGGCGCAUCACCAGUUGUUGAUGGAGCGGACCAGUACCUGUGCUGGUCUGCAGGCGGCAACUAAUGCAACAAGGGCACGCAGAUAAACAUCCAGCCCAA